GUGGCAACCUGGACCUGGGAUGCUCGAGCAGGACUUCGAGGAAGCUCUGGCAACGGCUCAGAAGAGAAUGGGACGCUUGGAGGAGCGCCUGGAACUUCAGCGAGAGGGCUUGCAGCGGUGGAGACGCAAAAGUGUUCAGGCAGCGCCUGUGCUUGCUGGGCACUCCCUCUUACAUCAGAGUAUGCUGGAGGCUUCAGCCCGAGAACGCAACAAGUGCUGGGCAGAAUGCGAGAGGCUGCAGGCUUUGGCAGAACCGGAGCGAGAGCCGGCGUGCCAACAACUUUUUGUGCAGUGCAGCGGACUGCAGCAGCUCUGGAAGAACUGUGAAGAUUCUUCAGAGCGCAUGAGCCAAGGACUUCAGAAGGCGGCCGAUGACAACCCCAACACUGGUGCCUUGCUAUCGGCCAUGGAUGGGGCCUUGCAGGCUGCGUUGGAUGCCAACAGCCCAAGGCACGUGCUGUUGCGUGCUGCCUUGCAGCGGCUGGCUCGUUUGGAUGACCAACUGGAGCAACAGCGUGCAGCUUUGGGGGCGCGUGGCAGGCGACGGAAGAACCGGGCCGGGCCGAUUCUCCCGGACGAGACGCUUGCUGCUUUUGUGGAGGAGGAACAAGAAGCCUUGACCCUGUUGGCGGACACCAGAGAUCUGUUGGAGCCGGAGGCUUGGCAGGAGAUGUACGACGCUUGGCGCGCCCAGGUGACUUCUGGAUUAGAACAAUUGGCUGCCUUGGGCAUCACAGUGGCUGGCAGUGGAUCAGAUAGCUCGCCAAAAAAGAACCAAAGUGAAGCAAUGGUUGAUCCAGCAGAAGCGAUGGCAGAAGGCCGUCGACGCCUUCGGCAGCUUGAAGACGAGUAUGCCAAGCGGAACCGGGAGGGGCCAACGUCGCUGUUUUCAAGGCGUGCGAGGCCGGGCACAUCGCUGAAAGUUUGUGACAUUGCCGACUUGAAGGACGACGCAUUGGUCGAGGGCGAAACCGCAUGGCUUCCAUGGCAGGCGCCAAAAGAGCUUGGAGGGCAGACCGAAGCUGUUGACAGCAGUUCAGCCUGGGCAGAGCCACGUCGUCUGAAGAUGAUGGAAGAAGAGAUGGAGCGAGAACGUAUGGGCCUUGGACGUCGACACCGAAAAGCAGCGGGAGAGGCCGUGGAAAGUGAGCAAGAUGCCACAGACGAGGUUGAAUCGUGGAGACAGGUGGUAGGUGUUCUGGAGCAGCUGGAGGCUGCAAAGAAGCAUCCGGGGAAGGAGUACGGAACAGUUGACCCAACCGCAGCUUUGGUAGAAGCACGUCGGCGUCUGAAGGUCAUGGAAGAUGACAGCGAGCGCCAACGCCUGGGCCUUGGACGUCGACGCCCAAAGGCCAGAGAUGGAGACCAGGCAAGGCAAGAGGAGUCGGAGGUGGAGAGAAGUCUGGAAGUCAAGGUGCCCAGCAAGCAGCUGAAACAUCGAAUGGAAUCUGUCGACACCAGCGACGCAGUUGCAGAAGCACGUCGCCGGCUACAUGGAAUGGAAGAGGAGAGCGAGCGCCAGCGUUUGCUUCUGGGACGUCGCCGCCGGAAGCCAGCUGAACAGGCAAGGCGGGAAGAAUUGCAGAAGCUCGUGGAGGGAGGAACCGAGUUUGAGUCCAUCGCCAGAGAGCACACUGAAGGACUUGACAAGCAGCAGAGCAACAUCAAGGAGGCGAGAGCGGAGUGGAAGAACCGUGGGAGCUGGUUUCGAAAACGGGGAGAAGAACCACCGAAGCUGCACCCCUUCCAGGUGAUGGAGAGUGACCGCGAUGCGAUCGAGGAGAUUGAGUUCUGGCGACAGAUGGUGGGUCUAGAGGAACUCCAGGCCGAAGUGCUGGAAGCAGUGCUCAAUAUUGAAGGAUAG